AUGAAGCCAGGUAGACCCCUUCUGAGGUCCACCAGGUGUCAAAGGAGCUGGAGAUGGUUCUUCUCAGCCGGGAUUUUCAUUAUGGAAGUAUUUGCCUUGAGAAAGACACAGGCAGUCCACCACAGGCAUGAGAUUCAGUCCACCACAGUGGGUACAAUCCACUCUGUCUUGGAAUUAAGUGCAAUUAGCCUCAUAGAUGAUGUUAAAGUGACAUCUUAUAACAAAAGACAGAAGGAACUUAUUAUCAAGAUACCCUGGAUCUCCAAAGUACUGGGAGUCAAUUAUCUUACCCAGUGGCAUAAUUUACUGGUGAACAAUGAGCAAGAUUUCCUCUGGCCAAUCCAAUUCUUAGCACGGCAUGACAUCAAUCAUGAUAGAAACCACACAGCCCAGCUCCUGGCAGAAUGUGAAGUGGACAAUGACAUCACAGUAAAGAGUCACAUCCAUAUAAUUUGGAAUGGGGAGGAAAGUUACCGGAUAGAUGAAGAGGUUGGGCAUUGGGAGAACAUAAAUACUGAAGUCAAGGAAUACCCAUACAUUCUGCAGAGUCCCUUCUGGACCAAUCAAACAAAAUACUACAUGAAGGUAUAUUGUGUUGACUUGAUGAGGAAAAUCAUUGGAUAUUCAAGCUUAAGGGAUAAAG